AUGAGCAAAGGUGUGAAAUCAAAAACCAGGCUGGAGUCCAAGCCAAAAGCUCACAAGAAGCAAAGCGAUACGAAUGGUACGAAACGUAAACGUGAAAAUGAAGAAGAAAUAAGCUCUGAUGAAGAAGAAGCAGACAACGAGAAGUUAGUCUCGGAAUUAGAUCAGAAUUUCGACGAUGUUGCCGAGCUUCUUGACGGCGAUGUGGCUGAUUUCAAGGAAGAGAAGAAACAGAAAAAGAACAAGGAACCAAAAACCGUGCUGGAAAAUGCUUUACAACCAUAUGCUCAAGCUGACGAGUCCACUAGUGGGUCGGACAAGUUUGAGGAUUUGGGAUUAUCAGAACCCACAAUGCGUGCUAUCAAAGACAUGGGAUUUGAAAAGAUGACUAAAGUCCAGGAAAAGACAAUCCCACCUUUGUUGGCUGGUAGAGAUGUGUUGGGUGCUGCCAAGACUGGGUCUGGAAAGACUUUGGCGUUUCUCAUUCCUGCUAUUGAGAUGCUUUAUUCACUCAAAUUUAAGCCUAGAAACGGUACUGGUGUAAUUGUGGUCUCGCCUACCAGAGAGCUUGCCUUGCAAAUAUUUGGCGUAGCCAGAGAUUUGAUGGCACACCACUCACAAACUUUGGGAAUUGUCAUUGGAGGUGCCAAUCGUAGACAAGAAGCUGACAAGCUCAUGAAAGGUGUCAACUUGUUAAUUGCCACGCCGGGUAGGUUAUUGGAUCACCUUCAGAAUACCAAGGGCUUUAUUUUCAAAAACUUGAAGGCUUUGGUCAUCGAUGAAGCCGACAGAAUAUUAGAAAUUGGAUUUGAAGACGAAAUGAAACAAAUUAUCAAGGUGUUGCCUAGCGAUGAGAGACAGUCCAUGUUAUUCUCAGCUACCCAAACCACCAAAGUCGAAGAUUUGGCCAGGAUAUCGUUGAGGGCAGGUCCGUUGUAUAUCAAUGUUGUACCGGAAACUGAGGUUUCGACGGCUGAUGGAUUGGAGCAAGGCUAUGUGACGUGUGACUCUGAUAUGCGGUUUUUGCUUCUCUUUUCAUUUUUGAGAAGAAAUAUCAAGAAAAAGAUCAUUGUGUUUCUUUCAUCUUGUAACUGUGUCAAGUACUUUGGUGAGCUCUUGAACUAUAUUGACCUUCCAGUUCUUGACUUACAUGGAAAGCAAAAGCAGCAGAAGCGUACCAAUACUUUUUUUGAGUUCUGUAAUGCCAAACAAGGUAUCUUGAUUUGUACCGAUGUGGCAGCCAGAGGUCUUGAUAUUCCAGCUGUAGACUGGAUUAUUCAAUUCGAUCCUCCAGAUGACCCUAGAGACUAUAUUCACCGUGUGGGACGAACAGCUCGUGGUACUGGUGGAAAGGGUAAAUCAUUAAUGUUCUUGACUCCUUCGGAACUUGGAUUUUUGCGAUACUUGAAGGCUGCAAAUGUUCCUUUAAAUGAGUACGAAUUCCCCACCAAUAAAAUUGCCAAUAUUCAAUCUCAAUUGACCAAGUUGAUCAAGGGAAAUUAUUGGUUACACCAAUCUGCCAAGGAUGGUUAUAGGGCAUAUUUGCAGGCAUAUGCUUCGCAUCACUUAAAGACUGUCUACCAAAUUGACAAAUUGGAUUUGGUCAAGGUUGCGAAAUCCUUUGGUUUUGACGUCCCUCCCAAGGUUAAUAUUUCAAUUGGUGCCAGUGGGAAGAGCAUAGAGAAGAAGCACAAAAAGCAGAGAAGACAGUAG